UUAAUAAAAAUCCUCCGACUUCAGGCCGAAUGGUGCGUUGGCAACCGUUGUUGUUCGCCCUUCUUGUGGCCUUUGCUUACGCUGCCGAUGGCACAACAAAAUCUGAAGCUUCUUCUACUACGGUAGCCACUUCCGAAUCCACGACAGAAUCCACGAAGACGACGACUGCUUCGGCAAUCAAGGAAACAGUUAAAGAAGAGGUAAAAGAAAAGGAAGGGCCAGAGACCAGAAACGAAACGGCAGCAGUGAGCAGAGCAAAAAGACAAUGCUGUUUUGCUGCUCAAAACUCUUGCUGCCCACAACAAGUACAAUCACAGUGCAAUUGUGCAGCUCUUCAGAUUCAGGUUCAACAAUGUGAUUGUGCCAAUAUGCUCCAAACCCAAUGUGGUUGCCCAUCAAUCUCCAGUCCAUCGUGCGAUUGUGGAACUCUCCAAAAUCAAUAUUCUUCCUGCGGUUGCGGAUCCUUGAGCUACCAGGUGUCCUGUAAUCAGUGUCAACAACAAUCUCAACCACAGAUCAUCGUUGUGCAGCAACCACAGCAGCAGCAGUGCUCUUCCCAGUGCAUGCCAGCUUGUUUGCCAUCCUGCGUUCAAAGCUCUUGUGCUCCAGCUUGUCAGCCAAUGUGCUCGUCAUCAUGUGUUCAACAGCAGCAGCAGCAGAUCAUCGUUGUCCAACAACCACAGCAACAAUGUGCUUCAUCCUGCAUGCCAUCAUGCCAGCCAUCUUGUGUUCAACAGGCUUGUGCUCCAGCCUGUCAGCCAAUGUGCUCGUCAUCUUGCGUCCAACAGCAGCAGCAACAGAUCAUCGUCGUCCAACAACCACAACAACAGCAACAAUGUGCUCCAUCCUGUAUGCCAGCUUGUCUAUCAUCAUGUACCAAUGGAUGUUCUGGAGGGAACUGUAACAACAAUCAACCACAAGUUGUCGUCGUUCAGCAGAACCAGCAACAGAACCAAUGCACAUCAUCAUGCAUGCCAUCUUGUCAACCAUCUUGCGUCCAAGCGGCUUGUGCUCCAGCUUGCCAGCCAAUGUGCUCUUCUCAGUGCGUUGAGCAGCAACAAGCUCAGAUCGUUGUAGUCCAACAGCCACAGCAACAAUGUACCUCUUCGUGCAUGCCAGCUUGCCAGUCAAGCUGUGUUCAACAGGCCUGCGCUCCAGCUUGUCAACCAAAGUGCUCUUCCCAAUGCGUCGAACAACAACAGGCUCAGAUCGUCGUUGUUCAACCACCCACGUCAUCAUCCAACAACUGUGCUUCUUCAUGUAUGCCACAGUGUACUCCACAAUGUGUCCAACAACAAACCAUCUGCGCUGCUGCCUGCCAGCCAUCCUGCCAGUCUUCAUGCAGUUCCAAUGCCCAAUGUGUUCAAGCUUGUCUCCCAAGCUGUGAAUCCUCGUGUGUUCAACAGCAACAACCAUCAGUCGUAGUUGUUCAAGAUUCUCAAUCAUCCUGCCCAUCCGCCUGCCAACCAUCGUGCUCUCAACAGUGCAUUCAGGCUCAGAAUCUUUGCCAGUCUGCCUGUCAACCAUCCUGCCAAUCUUCAUGUGGUAGCAAUACGCAAUGUGUUCAGGCCUGUAUUCCAAGCUGCCAACAAACUUGCGGACAACAAGCUCAACCAGUUAUUGUCGUUCAGCAGCCACAGCAAAACAAUUGCGUUCAAGCUUGCCAACCACAGUGCCAGCAAACCUGCGGAUCAAAUGUUCAAUGCGUCUCUGCAUGCCAAAACAGUUGCCAACAGUCGUGUGGAAAUCAACAGCAGCAACAAGUGAUUGUUGUUCAGUCUAGCCCGAUGUGUGGACAGGCUUGUCAGGCCCCACCAGUGCUCCAAUGCGUACCACAGUGUCAACCAUCAUGCCAGCCAUCUUGUAUGCAACAGUACCAAUUCAUCCAGGCUCCGGCAAUCACAAUGUGCCAGCAAUCUGGAGGAUCGUGUGGUUGUGGAAGUGGAUAUUCCCAAUGUAUGCAAGGAGUCUGUUGUCUUCGUAAGAGGCAUCGACUCGCGAAGAACAAACUGUAAACCGAAGAAAUAUGUUUAGAUACCUAGUAAUUUAUAUAAUUUAUAUAUUUUGUUUGUCUUCGUAUCUAUCACCGCCCACAAUCAUAUCUUUCAAAAAAACAAUCCUACCGAUCUUUUAAGCACGAAAUGACCAAUUCUCGUUUUACUUAAUUAUUCCAAAAUGUCUUUCCCAUAUUCUUUGUUUUCUUUCAAUUGCCACUUUUCACCCAGUCUUUCUGAAUAUUUGUCAAGAAGUUCUUGAUUUCAAUCAAAAAUUAUUAUUUUCCUUCUUUGUUUGAAAAUUUGAAAGUUGCUCAUCAAAUCUCAAAGUAUUGAGAGAGAGAGAAUCUGUUGUUGCGAAUUUCAAUGAUAUUCAUCACUCAAAAUGCUCAAUUUUUUGUUUCACUAAAUAAAGUUUUAUUAACAAA